AUGCCACGAACAUGUGCCAUUGAAAAAUGUAAACGUAAAUCACGUUCUAUAUGUUCAUGUUGUAAUAAAAAUCUAUGUCAUGAUCAUUUAAAAGAACAUGAGGAUUUGAAUAAUCCUCAAUUAAAUCCUUUAAUGAAUGAGUUUAAUAGUCUGGAUGAACAACUGAAAUCAUCGAAUACAGAAAAAUUAAUUGGUGGUUGUCGACAAAAACUUGUUCAAUGGCGUGAUAAUUGUUGUAAACUGAUUAAUCAAUUAUAUGAACAAAAACUUCAUGAACUCGAUCAACGUUCUUUACAAAAACUUGAUGAGCAAAGAACACAAUUAAAUCUAAUACGUUCAAAAAUGACUGAACUUAUACGUCAACAAGAAACUAAUCAAGGGAAUAUAGAUGCACUAACACUAGCUAUUCGUCAUAUUCAUGAUGAUAUUAAAAAUAUUGAAAAUACACGUUUACAAAUCGAUAUUCGUCCAUUAAACAUCGAUGAUAGUUUCAUUUUUAUUCAAGAUUUUGAACCCAAUAAAUGUAAUUUAGUAAGUCUUACAACACCUUAUCGAACCAUUGAUUGUUCAGGCGAAUGGGGACCGGCGCUUGUCAGUAAUAAUCGAUAUUUAUUAAUUGAUCGACACCCGAAUUUAUGUUUAAUCAAUCAACAGCUUCAAAUAGUUAAACAAUCUCCAUGGAAAUUCGAUUUUAUUCGUGAUAUGUGUUGGUCAACAGCCUUAAAUACUUUUAUUGUAAUAACAAGAAGUCGAGAAAUCUAUAUUGUUAAUGAAAAAACGUUAGCAACAGAACUUAUUCAGCCUAUCGAUGAACAGGACUGGUCAUCUUGUACAUGUUCGGAUACGUCUCUUUAUUUGACUGCACGUCGAGAAGGAACAAAUAUUUUUGAAUUGAAUUUAUUAUCAGCAUUCGAAUUAAUAAAGCGAUGGAAACCUCCACAUUCAUGCAAACACUAUGAAAUUAUACUUAACACUGAAUACAAAAACAAAACACUGGCUCUUGUUAUUUCACAUGGUUCAACUAAUUUGGUACAUUUAGAAUUACGCUCAUCAAUAACACUCGAUCGACUCUGGUCACUUGAACUUAAUGUUUCACAUACAAUUGGCCAGCCAUUGAUACGUUGUUCUGCAUUAAAAUGUGAUGAAUGGUUGCUUGUUGAUAACAAUACUUCACAAUUAUUUCACGUGAGAAAAGAUGGUUUAAUCAGAGCUGUAUCAUCAUGUAAUCCGGCACCUUGGAAUUCCGUUUUGUUUGGUUCCAACAUAAUUGCUAUACGGACUAAAAACAGUGUUCAUUUUCAUAAAUUAUAA